CCUGCCAUGGCAUUCCUUGUGGAGGCCCUGGACUGCCCGGACAUGACUGAAUGGAGUGACAGCAUCCUGGAGAUCCUUUCCAGGCGCCUCUGGAGCCAGUGCACAGAGAUGCAUCGCCUGGUGCUGAGAGGCCUCGUGCUGCUGAGCAAGGCUCCUGGGAUGGCUGACGGUGUGCGGAGCCUGACACCAAGCCUCGUGGAGCUACUGUGCUAUACAGGCGGAGAGCUGGUGGGGAUGGUCCUCUCUGUACUCAUCAAUCAAGUCCAGGACAGAGACAUCCCAAUCUCCACCCCCCACUGCCCUGCGGCUGGCUGAGCUGCUCCCGCCACUCUUUGGCUACGACAACAUCCAUGUGCAGCUGCUCUCCAUUUACCUCUUCCAAAAGGUGAUGGAGUUGGCAGUGGAUAAGAGUAAACAACUCCUGAAGACACACGUCAUCUACAGCCUGCUCCCACUUUUUUUCCACUGGCAUCAUGAGAACCAGGACGUGGCAGAAGCCUCUCGGAAAGCGCUGCUUCGUGCAGCGGGGUUGCUGAAGAGGAGGGAUCUGGUGAAGCUGCUGAAGACAGAGCAGCCUUGGAGGUUCAGUGAGUGCCUGCUGGAAAACGACAAGAGAAGAGCAGUCGAGUACGCCUGCCAGGCCCUGCCGUACCUGGAGAGCCCACAGGAACCCGUGCGAGAGGCGGCCCUCAGGUUCAUUGGGAUCGCCGGGAGGUACAUGAGGGGCCAGCGGGUAGAGCUGCAGGUCGCCAUUAACGUUAUUGAAGACAUGACUCCCGACAGCGCUGCUGUCAAAAGCCUGGCACUUCAAACCCAGGAAAUCCUUAGAGCUGUCCAGAGACCUCAGUCUUCUCCAGGUUCCAGCAGUUUGAAGAUCAGCUCCAGAAUGCGCAGAACAGGGAGGCUCCUCUCUGGCACAGCUGCCGGAGGUCAGCGGAGACUGAUCCUGGGAACCCUGUCUGAUGGGACCUCCUGA